UAUGCACUUUUAGUAAAAGCAAACCAAUUAACAAAUGUACAACCCAGGAGAUCUUGAUGAUCCCUUAUAUGGCACCUUGGCAAAUUAUGACUUCUCUAUUGUAAGACCUAACUAUUUUGCUGGCCAAUCCGCAUUCCUACAUUUCUUUAUUAAUAAAGCUAAAAUUAUGAAGAUCUGCAAUUUAGAAACCAAAUAAUGGCUGACUCGUUAAAUUGACUAUCAAGUUCCAGGGUUUCAUAAAUCUAUCGUUGCUCCUAAUGGUGAUAUCUAUAUUUCUGGAGGAGUGAUCAAUUCUAAAGACAAUAGAAAAGAUCCGAUUGUUAGAAAAUACACUUUAGAUGGUAGGAUUCAAUAAAUUGGACAAUUGACUUUGCCAAGGUCAUCUCAUUCAAUGGUUUAUUGCAAUUAAGCCAUUUACAUAUUGUGUGGCUUUGAUGAACAUAGCAAUAUCACUUCAAGCAUGGAAAAGUACAAUAUUAAUACAUAAAAAAUGGAGCAAUGCGCUCCUUGCAAUAAACCAGCUAAUCAACCAGCUUGUUGCACUUUUAAUGACAGGUAUAUCUAUAAGUUUGGGGGAAAUGAUGACAAUGGAUAGAUACUAUUAAUUAUAGAAAGGUAUGAUACUUUUACAAACAAAUGGGAGUAUAUCAAUCCUGAAAUUGAUCCUUUGGAAUCUUCGAAAUUUCAAACUACCUUUCAAUCCGCUUCUUGUGUCCAAAUCAAUUAAAAUAACAUAUUUGUAUUUGGUGGCUACGACAAUGAGGAUAGGGGAGUCCAUUUCUCAUUCCUUUUGAAUUUUGAAUAAGAUAUACAUAAAAUUCGUUAAGUAGACACCAGACCCUUAUUAUAUCCAGAAGGGUUUUGGAACAACUAAGUAAAUCAAUCCAUUCUAUAACUAAGGUGAUCAUCCAUGACCACAAAAUGUUUGUUUUAUAGAACAUAGAGAUUGAAGCUAAUCAUAUUGAUGAGAAUAAUAGAUGUUUAUUAUGUUUUGAUGGAUAUAGAUGGAGCGAACUAUAAUAUUAAAAUUCUAUUUGA